UCGGUGAUGAUGCUUUCGAGCUUUUAUCUUAUCAAAUGAAUGAGACCGCCUGAAGUAGGAGGCUCCUUGGGACAACCUGUGUAUAUAUGUAUGCAUGUAGAGAGAGCCAGCCUACCGGACACACAACAAGGAAUCUGCCGAGAAAAUCCAGCAUUACAGCAAAGAUGAACACGGAUGCGAUUGUUAUCGUUUCUGCCGCGAGGACUCCUAUAGGAUCAUUCAAUGGAGCCCUUAGUAGUAUACCUCUCCAUGAUCUAGGGACAUUAGUCAUCAAAGAUGUGCUGAAAAGAGCCAAUGUAAAGCCAGAAGAAGUCUCAGAGGUCAUCAUGGGUCAUGUCCUCACUGCAGGUCAUGGUCAGAAUCCUGCUCGGCAGUCAAGUGUUGGUGCUGAUAUCCCAUACUCCGUGCCAGCAUGGAGCUGUCAGAUGGUCUGUGGAUCUGGCCUGAAGGCUGUGUGUCUUGGUGCUCAGUCCAUCAUGACUAAAGAAUCCACUAUAGUAGUAGCAGGAGGGAUGGAGAGCAUGAGUCGGACUCCUCAUAUAGUGCAGAUGAGGUCAGGGGUGAAGAUGGGAGAUGCUACUUUGCAGGACUCUAUAUUGACUGAUGGACUCACAGAUGCCUUUAACAAUUACCACAUGGGAGUCACAGCUGAGAAUGUGGCUAAGCAGUGGGGGGUGUCCCGCGAGGCUCAGGACCAGUUUGCCGUAACGUCCCAGAACAGAACUGAAGCAGCUCAGAAGGCUGGAUAUUUUGACCAGGAGAUUGUGCCAGUUACUGUUCCCUCUAGGAAAGGUCCAGUCGAGGUCAAAGCUGAUGAGUUUCCUCGGCAUGGCAGUAAUAUUGAUGCUAUGUCCAAACUGAAGCCCUGUUUUGUGAAGGAUGCUUCCGGUACAGUGACAGCUGGCAAUGCAUCAGGCAUAAAUGAUGGGGCCGCAGCUACUGUUCUCAUGAGCCAAUCAGAGGCCCACAGGCGGGGCUUAAAACCAAUGGCACACAUCACAUCCUGGGCUCAGGCAGGCCUUGAUCCUUCAGUCAUGGGCACAGGACCAAUUCUAGCCAUUAGGAAAGCUGUUGAGAAAGCUGAGUGGAAGCUGGAUGAGGUUGAUCUGUUUGAGAUAAAUGAAGCGUUUGCUGCUCAGUCCGUUGCAGUGGUAAAGGAGCUUGGUCUAAAUCCUGAUAAGGUAAAUGUGUGUGGAGGGGCGAUCUCUCUCGGACAUCCUCUCGGUAUGUCUGGCUGUAGAGUGUUGGUGACCCUGCUUCAUGCACUUCAGAGGACAGGGGGACGGAAAGGGGUCGCUUCACUGUGUAUAGGUGGUGGAAUGGGUAUCGCCAUGUGUGUAGAGAGCAAAUGAGUGUUGUAUAUAGACAGAUGACUUCCAAACUGUAAUUGUGUGCUUCUAAUCAGGCCUUGAAUCCAGUUGGUCAUAUAUAUUUAAAAAAGAUGUUUUAAAUCUUAACAGGCUAUAAUGAGACUAAAGCAACUACCUACUCAAGUCAGUACUUAUAUACACCGUAAGGAAGGGUAAUCUAUAGUAAAAUUCACAUUUGGCCAAUUCUGGUGAAAUCAUCUCUAAUGUAUCAUCAUAGACAGUGGCAUUUUGCAGUUAAUACUAAUGUUAUUUUUUUUUUUAAUGGUACAAGAAGAGUACUUACAUACCAGCUUUUAAGACAUUCCUUUUCUGUUUUAGUCGUCUAUGGUUGCUGAUUUACUCUUAUUUUACAGCUUUUAUUGGUAUUAAAUCUGGGUCUGUCCACAAGCAUAUCAACGAUAAUUUUAUUGAAUUAUGAAAAUGUUACGGUGUGUGUUCUGUGUGUAUUAAUGCAUCAGCUGUAUGGAAUCAGUCUGUUUCCAGCAGUAUGGAAAUGGGACCUAGUGUUUAGAAUUAGACCUGUCUACACUGUGCAGUAGAAAACUGUCUUAGAAAUGUCAAAUGUGCCAAAAUACAAAAUUAGCCUCUGUCCUGUUCUUCCAAUAGUCUGCUUUUAAUACUCUCUCCAAAUGUUAAUUUAUACCUCAGGGGAAAGCUGUUUACAUAUUUAGUCUGUGUUGUACUCCUAAUCUCACUGCUUAAUAAAGAUUUUAAUGGAGA